UCUAGAAUAAUGCUUCUAGGGCUGACUCGUGAUUCCCGCCUGAAAGGAUGGUGGCUCAUGGAUUCCCCCAGCGGGAUCCUGAGCAUAUGUGCUCUGUAUCUCGUAGUCGUGCUCAAAUUGGGUCCGGACUGGAUGCGGGAUCGGAAACCGCUCAAUAUCAAAUUCCUCGUGCGUGGCUUCAAUCUGCUCCAGGUGAUCAGCAACUCGUACUUCGUCAUCUAUGGAGCGUAUCUCGCGUACGGCAGAGUCGGAUUCCGACUCAUUUGUGAACCGUCGCACAUGCGAACAGACCAGGAAAGCCUCAGAUUACUGAGUUUGUAUUAUUUCUAUUUUUUGAUCCGACUCAGUGAUUUUGUUGACACGUUAUUCUUCGUGCUAGCGAAGAAACAGGGUCACGUGAGCUUCCUGCACGUGUAUCAUCAUCUCUGCGUCGUGCUCAACGGCUGGAUCGGAUUGCGAUCCGGAUGGAUAAACGGGGUGCUGUUCGGCAUUUUCAUGAACGCCUCGAUCCACAUCAUCAUGUACAGCUACUUCAUGCUGGCCACUUUCCCGAAGAUGAGACCCUAUCUCUGGUGGAAGAAGUAUCUCACGUCUGCUCAGAUUAUUCAGUUUCUCGUCUUCUGCUACUUCGCCACGGUGGUGGUGAAAAACAAGCACGAUUGCGGCUAUCCCCAAGCCAUGAUCUACAGUGGUAUCGCCAAUGUGAUAUUGUUACUCCUGCUCUUCAGCAAAUUUUAUCUCGAUACGUAUAUUCGGAACAAGCGAUCGAUCAGACCGACGGUCGACAAACACGUGGAUUAGUCAUCCGGAGAGUCGUCGGAAGUUCCUCUAUGGAAACCGAGAUCCGCGGAAGCCGAGGUCCGCGAAAUUCUAUAGAUUUUUUUUUCUGAAUAAAACCCUUUGUCGGAA